AUGACUGGCAGAGGGAGACCACGAAAGGAAAAGAACCCGGACACUAAAUGUGCCAAGAGCAAAACCACACCUGAAGAAAUCAAAUCCCUGCCUAAGUGUCAGAGGAAAGACUUUACAGAAGAGAAGCAUAAUGGUGCCACAAAGGAACAGAAACCAAAGGAAAGGGAGCAGAAACAGCCAAACCACAAUGAUGAGAAGCCAUCUGUACAGAGUGAACAAAAAGAAAAGAUCAACAAGCAGCAAAGGAUGCCUACAGACAACACAAAGGCUCCUGUGCAAGACACAAAAGCCAAAACCUGUGCUAGCAGUGCAACAAAAACAAAACCAGAGACACCAAAGGGCACCACAACGGAUUCUCUGAAGCCCACAAAAGCAAGAAAACGUUCUUGCAAAACCAAAUCAACAGAACAGUCUGCAGAGGAGACAACAAAUAUGACGCCAGCGGCUCCAAAGGAAACCACAAAGGAUUCUCCGAAGACCACAAAAGCAAGAAAACGUUCUUGCAAAACCAAAUCAACAGAACAGUCUGCAGAGGAGACAACAAAGAUGACGCCAGAGGCUCCAAAGGAAACCACAAAGGAUUCUCUGAAGACCACAAAAGCAAAAACGGGCGCUGGCAAUGACAUAGCUGCAGUGGACUCUAUCCUCUUCACAACUCUGAAUAAACUGAAGAUUAAGAAGAACGACAGAGCAAAUGCAGCAGAAGUCAUCAAUGAAAUAAUAGGAAAAAUAAUUGAGCAUGUAAAAAAGAACAUUGAUUGGUUUAAAGAAGUAGAACAACUAAAUACUGGAAGUUACUAUGAAAAUCUGAAGAUUUCUAAUCCUGACGAAUUUGAUGUUAUGCUGGCCAUUCCUGUUGACCGAGUGACCAUUGCACGAUUUGGAAAUGAUGGAGCCUAUUACAGUGUGGGAUUGAAACGUGGCAACAGCCCUCUGCGCAGAUUUCAGGACACCAACACAUUAUCUGCCACUAAAAUGCUUGAUGAGUUCAGGGAAGAAGUGAAGAAAUGUGUCAAGGCAUUUCCAGGUUGGGAGGUGACAAGAAAGAAAAAAGGCUGCCCUGCAGUGACCAUGACUACAGAAGUACAAUCAGUCACCAUUUCACUGGAUGUUGUUCUCUGUCUUAAGGUUAAAUCAAGCUGGCCAGAUUUUACCAAAGAUGGCUUUAAAAUAGAAAGCUGGCUGGGAACUAAAAUAAGGCAGGCCCACAGGAGAAAGCCAUAUUAUCUUGUCCCAAAAUAUGAAGGCAAUGGCAAUGUGGAAAAUGAUGAUGGAGUCCUGGCUAAAGAUGUUUGGAGGAUUUCAUUCUCGCAUGUUGAGAAGGACAUUCUGAAGAAUCACGGAUCAGUGAAGACAUGCUGUGAAAAAGAAGGCGAACACUGCUGCAGGUUAGAUUUACUGUAUGGAUUUUCUUUUAUCGACAUCCAGGGUUUCUGCAGGGUUCACCAAGUUCAAUCUAAGACCUUUUAA